UUGAAAUGUUCGACGACGAAUUUGGGGAGGCUUUCGAUCCUCGCUAUGAUCGAGAACCCUCGCCUUCAGAGGAAAGACAAAAUGGAAAGCCACAGUCGACAGACAUUCAUAAGGGUGUUGUCAAAAGGCUUCAGUCUUACGGCGCCUUUGUUAAAAGGCGGUCUUGACUGUGGACCUCACGUGGUGUGGCAACAGGUACCAAACCUAGACAAAGAGGGGCUGCUGCACAUUUCUAGAAUUUCUGACCAACGAGUGGAAAAUGUCGAGGACGUCUUGGCGGUUGGCCAGGAAAUCUGGGUAAAGGUACUAAGUCAAGAAGACGGAAAGCUUCGCUUGUGCAUGAAAAGCGUCAACCAGCAUGACGGCACUGAAAGGGAGUCGCUGCGUCAAACCUUCAGCCACCGCGGAGAGGGAGGAGGGAUAAAAACUCCGGAGCUGGACUCGAUUCACCAAGGAACUGUUCGGCGGAUUCAAGAUUUCGGAGCAUUUGUGUCAAUAGAUGGAUUUGACAGGGAUGGUUUGUUGCACAUUUCGUGUAUCUCGAGCCAAAAGCUCGACAGAGUGGACGACGUGCUGGCCGUGGGUGAUAAGGUCUGGGUGAAGGUGACCAAAGUGGAGGCAGGCGGCAAAUAUGGCCUGGACAUGAGAGGAAUCAGCCAAAAAGAUGGAGCGGACAAUGACCCAAACAACCUCUCUCGGUCACGGGGAACCCGUGCCAAAACGCAAAAGCAAGAACGGAUAACGAUCGACGCGAUCUACAACAUCGCGUGCCAGCGGUGUGGAGGGAAAGGCCACAUGGCGCACGAGUGCUAUAAUACAGGAGGGAACAAGUAUGAAAUGCUGGAGGACGACGAGCCACAACGUCCUGGACAGUCGACUGUGGCACAGCCCGCGUUUGCCACAGAUGCAAAUGCUGUCCCGAUUUCUCCCACGGCUGCAGCGAAGAUAUCCAAGGAGUGGAAGAAGACACACAAAGAAGGGGAAAAGAAGGACCGAGGCAAAAAGAAAAAACACAAAAAGCGCAAAGCUUCGAGCAGCAGUUCGGACACGUAUAGUAGUGACAGUGACGACAGCAAGAGCUCGCGCGAUUCCAAUCACAAGAAAAAGUCACGAAAGAGAAAACGGAACGACAAGUCUUCGAAACAUCGAAAGAAAGCAGCAAGGAAUCACUGA